GAAAUCAAAACCCAAAAACACUUCUUACACUUUCUCUCUCUCUUCACUGUUCGGAGGCCGCAAUCUCUCCUGUCUCCUCCGACCCACCCGCCGAUUACCGGCAAAUGAGGCGCAACCUUGAGAUUUGGAAGAUGGGCACGAUAAAUUACCUGGAGGCAUUGAAGCUGCAAGAGAAGUUGGCAUUUGAUAGAAAAGCUCUAAAAAUUACUGAUACCCUAUUAUCUCUACAACAUCCACCGACGUAUACAGUUGGCAAAAGGGAAACAAUUCAUAAUCUACUCAUUCCUGAUACCGAGCUCAAGUCCAUAGGGGCGGAACUUCACUAUACGCAAAGAGGAGGUGACAUUACUUUUCAUGGUCCUCACCAAGCGAUCUUAUAUCCCAUUGUUUCGUUGAGAGAUAUUGGUUUAGGGGCUAGAAUGUACGUUGAGAAACUUGAGCUAACCAUGAUUGAAUUGGCAUCUAUGUAUGGUGUGAAAGCACAGGCUGGACAAAAAUGCGAAACUGGGGUUUGGGUUGAGGACAAAAAGAUUGGCGCGAUUGGAGUUAGAAUUUCAUCUGGGAUCACAUCUCAUGGAUUAGCAUUCAACAUGGACCCUGAUUUAAACUACUUUAAGCAUAUUGUGCCUUGUGGGAUUGUUGAUAAAGGUGUUACGUCUUUGAAGAAUGAGACAGAUAUAGAGCUUCCUGCUGAAGAUGUGAUACAAGAGCAGUUGAUUGCUUGUUUUGUAAGAAUAUUUGGGUACAACGAUGUCGUUUUAAAAGAUAAGUUUGUAUUAUAAUUUGGUUAUAAGCACUAAUGUUAACAUAUGCUGAUACAUUAUGUGACUAAUUUUUGUAUAAGUAGACAUUGUUCAUUCAUUUGAUCA